AUGGCUAUUGUUGAUUUACAGUCUAGAGAUCACAAAAGUCUUCUAGACUUGAUUGACACGCUCCGCGGAAAAGGUGUCGCUCGCUAUGUCCCGCUUCCUGAGAUCGUUGUUGUAGGGGAUCAAUCAGCGGGGAAGAGUUCAGUCCUGGAAGCCAUUUCUGGCAUGUCUUUCCCUGCCAAGGACAACCUGUGCACACGGUUUGCGACAGAGCUCGUUCUUAGACGAUCUACAAAUGUGGAAGUAAAGAUAUCGAUUCUCCCAGAAACAAGUCGCCCAAUGCGCCAGCAAGAAGAGCUGAAGCGAUUUCGCCCGGUCGUGGAACCCGGCACCCUGGACCUGUCGCAUAUUGUUGAACAAGCCAAGUUGGCAAUGGGCAUUACCCCAACCUCCAAAGCUUUCCGAAAUGACACUCUGCGAGUUGAGCUUUCUGGGCCCGACCAGCCUCAUCUAACAAUGGUCGAUCUCCCGGGACUGUUUCAGGCCGGCAACAGCCUACAAUCUGACCAAGACUCCGAAACCGUGACGAAUAUGGCCAUCAAAUACAUGAAACUACCAAGAAGCAUCAUACUUGCGGUUGUUUCUGCCAAGAGUGACUUCGCGUUGCAGCAGGUUACUCGACUAGCUAGGGGGUAUGAUCCGAACGGACAUCGCACGAUCGGCCUCAUCACAAAGCCGGAUACAUUGGACGAAGGCUCAGAGAGCGAAGCAGCAUAUAUUCGUCUGGCCCGAAAUGAUGACGUGAAGCUGAAGCUGGGAUGGCACGUGUUGAAGAACCGUGAUUACAAGAUGACGCAGAACAAGGCAACCUCGAAGGAGCGCGACGAUGCGGAGAAAGCCUUCUUUUCCAGUGGCCCUUGGGCAACGCUUGAUCCAUCUACUGUUGGUGUCAAAACACUAAAGCCGCGUCUCAGCAAUCUGCUGAGAGACCAAAUAGUUCUGCAACUGCCCGGCUUAGUGAAGGACGUCGAGUCUGGAAUCAAGAAAUGCAAACGUCAGAUCGAAAAACUUGGUUCACCACGAGAGAGCAUAGUCGAGCAACGAGAGUAUCUCAUCAGUGUGAGCCAGACAUUUUCCGAUCUGAUGAAAGCAGCAGUCAAUGGAAAUUAUACCGAUGCAUUUUUUGGUAGCUCCAAGUCCGAGGAAGGUUACCAGAAACGUCUUCGGGCAGUUAUCCAAAGCUUAUUGACCGAAAUUAAGGAUGAAAUGAACGAAAAUGGUUGCACCAGACAGAUAGUCGAUCCUGAGGACCAGCCAGAUGAUGAAAGCACGAUUCUAAGCGACAACCAAGUGCUUAGAUCGGCCUACAUGGAGGACGUCUCCAAACUGAUGGAUCGAAAUCGUGGUUGUGAGCUGCCAGGAACCUUCAAUCACCUCAUUCCAGCACGGAGCCAGCAGCGUGCGGCCGCUGUUGAAAGCACAGCCAAAAGGCUGGGACGGUUCAUCAGGCCUGCGAUUGAUGACCUGGGCAAGGACCUGGAAGCAUCGUUCCAAGAUUUGCUUCGGCCGUACCAAAACAUACACGCAAUCACAUACAACGAAGCGCUCACAGCGCAUGUUCAAAAGGCGCAAGCCGAACGACGACGUCGCAACUUGAAGGCUAGGCUUGACGAAUCAUAUCCCGUUGAGAUUGCGGGGUCCCAAAGGUUGACAGUAAGCCGACAAGCAAUCUUGGACAUGUUCAAGGCUACCGAGGACGCGGAUAUGAAAUCCCAUGCCAGUUCCUUGGCUGUGGAUUACCUGGAGGCUUAUUACAACGUCUCCCUGAAGAAGUUUAUCGACGACAUCAGCACCUUGGGGGUAGAGUGUUGCCUGAUGCAAAAACUGCGAACUGUCUUUGACCCUCGAGAAAUUUACAAGAUGAGCGACGCGGUACUUCAACAACUGGCUGCAGAGGACCCGGACGAAAAGCUGGAGCGCUCCCGAUUGAAGGAAAAACUGAGCGUACUCGACAGUUGCUUGGCCGAAGUCGUUUCGAUUGUUUACAAAAAAGCUGAUCAAAAGGGAAAGGCCCAGUGA